UUCACUGAUUAUGUGGGAGUGGGGUUGACCCUGUCGCACAAAAUAGACUUGAGACGCCAUGUGGAUUACUGAUGCGGGUAGUUUAUACACAGUUUGUGUCACAAGGGGAAUCAAGUUCACAUAAAGAUACAACAAUACAGGGACGAUGAUGGAGGGUGUAAUGCAGUUAUGGCCCAAGUCUGUGGUAUCCCUGGCUCUUGUUGUUGGGGGUGUGAUUGGUUUGGUCGGCUUUUAUCUCUUCAAAAAACUACCCAACUUUCCGCCGGGGCCCAAAAGGUGGUCACUGAUCGGAACUAUUGCAGAAUUACGAGGAGGGCUGUUCUUCAGAUUCAUCCGUGAUUGGAGCAAAAAGUACGGCCCAGUUAUGUUGGUUCAUAUUGAUUAUCAGGAAAUAAUUGUUUUGAGUCGAAUCGACGUUGUAAGAGAAGCUCUCAUCACAAGGCAAGCAGACUUUGAAGGGAGACCUGAUGCAUUUGCUGCACAUACACUAUCUGAAGGAGGGAAAAGAAUAAUCCAUUCACCGUAUGGCCCAACAUGGAAGAUACACAGGAAAAUUGCAUCCAAAGCACUGAGGCAGUAUCUAAUGGGAGAUCACCUCAGCUGGAUAGUUUCAAAAUCUCUCAACAUUAUGACGAAACAGAUGAGAAAGGAACGAAAAGCCUUUAACCCUUUCUACUGUAUAUCACUUGGGGUCUCCAACAUGAUGACAGGAAUGUUGUUUGAUAAAAUCAGCCAAACGGAAGACUCGGAAAACUACAAAACAUAUGUUGACAACUUUGAUACAAUAUGUUUUUAUGGCGGAGGGUCGUUUUUCGAAGAUCUAAUUCCCCUGCUGCAUCUGUGUCCAUUGCCUCGUCUCUACCGUGCUCAAGGUUAUGCCACUGAUAUGGCAGACGCCAUCAGGACAGAAAUUGCAGCCCACCGAGAUACGUUCGACAAAAAUAAGAUGCGGGACUUCACGGACGCCUUGAUACUGGCUCAGAAAGAGGUUGAAGUGGAGGACGACCCGACCCUCACGUCACAGAUCACAGACACACACUUAGUUCAGGCAAUAUUUAACCUGGUCCUCGCUGGUACAAACACCACAAGGGAUACGCUCAACUGGUGUAUUCUUGCGAUGGCUCUCUACCCGGACAUACAAACGAAAGUGCAGGAUGAGGUGGACACUGUUGUUGGUCCUGAUCUGAACGUCCACGUUUCGGACAGGGACAGGCUGCCAUACACAGAUGCAGUGAUACACGAGGUCAUGAGGAUGAGGACAGAAACACCCAUGGGCGUUCCCCACGUUACCCUUCGCAGAACCACAAUUGGUGGAUACGAUGUUUUCGAGGGAUCAUUGGUUUACAUCAACUACACCGCUUUGCACUUUGACCCUGACCAAUGGGAGGACGUCAAUACGUUCAAACCUGAACGAUUCCUUGACUCGGAGGGGAAGAUGGGACCCACGCCAGAAAGCUGGUUUCCAUUCUCUGCCGGAAGGAGAGUUUGUCUCGACGCGUCUAUCGCCAUACCUGAGCUUCCUCUCGUUCUGGCGGGAAUCUUGCGAGCAUUCACCAUUUCACUUGGACCUGGAACACAACACGACUUUGAGCCAAAGGAUUUGGAUGACAGUAAUACUCCAGGGAGAUACCUCAUUGUCGCACAAUCAAGAAUUUAAAAAAUGUAUAACAUAAUCAUAGAACCAGCACCGAAACAGGAAAUGGGCUCGUUCUUAAGUGAUCACUUUUUAACUAACACUUUGCAAUGCAAUGUCUGUAAAGGUGGCAUCAGUGGGGCAAGGAUACGCUCACCUUUUCGCGAUUUAUUUUGGAAAUGGAAACUGGGGUAUUGUCUCUUUAUUUACUUGCAGUGGCAUUUAUAAAUGUUCCAGGUUGGCUUCUGAUAAUAAAAAAAGAAGAAAAAGUCGUCUUUGUCCUGAUAGAUUAAAUUCUUGCACUCAUGCCUAUAGAUGAAGCUUGAAACUUUUUUAAAAUAUUAUGAUACUAUAUUAAAGAAUUUGUACGAUUUUGAUUAUUUGAAAGGACAGUUUCAAACGAUGAUGUCCAAUGUUAAACUCCACUGAACAAGUUGACCAACCACGGACACGAAUGACUUUUAUACGAGUCAGUUGUUUUACAUGUCAAUUUUUCAUUUGGUGACCAGGCUUUGUGACUUGGUUGAUUGUUUUUAAUUCUUCCCCGAGUUCGUAGGAAGUUACUCAUGAUAUCAAUCACUGGUUUGUAUGCCCCAAUAUCAAUUAUUUACAGGCCGACGUCACAAAUGUAACUGUGGCUGUUAAACAACAAACAAAAGUUACAUAAACGCAUCCCAUAGACUGGCUAACUACUCCGGCCCCAUGGUGUUGUGAAUAGGGGAUGUGUAGAGAGUGGAAGGUCAUACCAAGAGACGUUCCAAGAUAGUACUUCUUGUUAACGUGACGUUCGGAAUUAAGGAGUGGUCGGCUCGUAGUCAGUAUACUGUGUCUGAGUGGUGUAUUCAUGUUAAACUGCGGCAUGGUAUCACAGUGACCAGUCCGUACCAGUACAAUCAGUCACACACACCAAAGCAUGCCCGUCACUGUAUGAGUGAAAUGAUCUUGAACACGACGUUAAACUCCAUUUCACCUCACUGCUCGCUAUAUAGUUUCGUUUAGCUUCAAUGUUUGAUACAUGAUGUACUAGGAAUCGUUUGUGGACUCCGCUUUUGGUGUUGAUUUCUUCUAAUUGUGGAAAUGAUUU